CAAAAAAAUCACUGGUUUUGAAAUGUUUUGCUAGAAUUUGCUAGUUUUCCACACAAUUAACCCAUAAAAAUCGUGUAAAAUGUUGAGAACGGUAGUCUGUUUAGCGGCCAGAAACCUUGCGCGAACGUCCACCGCCAGCCGGUUCGCUGCCAGCCCAAAACCAAUCAACGACGUCGGUGCACUAACUCGUAGCUUCUCGACCCUCCUUCGGAUUGGCAAUGCCAGUACUGGUUCACAGCGUACGCCCUUCACCGUCACCGCACAAAGCGGUCCCAGCAUUUUGAACUCCAUCACCACCCCAGUUCCGAUUCAGCUGCAACGGCAACCCGUUCGGACGGUCAUCAAAUUCUCCAUGCGUAGCGGCAAGAGGAAGAGCGUCAAGCCGGUGAUCAAGCGCUUCAAACGUCUGGACUGGGGUGGAUGGAUCCGUACCAAAGCCGGUCGCCAUAAGCACAUGUGGAAAAAGUCGGCCGAACGGAAGAGGCGCCUGAGGCAGCACGUGCUGGUGAAUUCUCAACAGGCAACCCUACUGGAUAGUAUGGUUACCAAGUACUGGAAGAGACCACGGUUCUACAUCAACGAUCCUUACACGCCGUACCACACGAGGGAGGAGUUCCGCGAAACGAGACGCAAACCGGUGAAAUAUUAAGGGGGUUGUUGAUUGAUUGUAGAUUUGCUUCUAGGCAGUAAAAUAAAUCGAUAAAACUUUAUUCA